GAUAACAUUUUGCUGUUGCUGACAAGCAAAAAGUAAACCAUGUCUACUACUGGUGUUAGGUUCUGUCUUACAGUCCCAAAGUCGUUAAAACAUCCAAAAUAUUCCGAUAAUAUCUACCAAAUACGUGUUGCUCAUAGGCUAGCUGAAUGUCUUAAAACUUCCAUUAUGGAAAACCGUCUAAUGUCAACUUUUAUUCCUACUGACAGACAGAUUAUCAUUGAAUGUGAUGACCAGCCAGUAUUUACAUCUUGUUGUACAAUUGAUGAAACACCAACUGAUUUUAAUAAUUGUGGUCAUUCUACACACUUUGUUCUGAUAUAUAUACCAAAGUUGUGGCUUAAACAAUGUGCAUCAUUACUAAGACCGGAUUUAUCAAUCGAUAAACAAGAACUCAAUAAUUGUGUUCAAAAGUUAACCGGUGGGCAAACAGCUUGGCUUGCCGAACUCGCUAUUCGUAGUUUAGUUUUGUCUAAGGCACACCUUGAAAGUCUUGUAUAUGAUUUGGGUUUGCCCUUAAAUCUGAUUAAUGAUAUUGAUGAGUAUAUUUUAUCAAAUCGUUCAGCUUUAUUCAUCUUAGAGUAUUUGGGACUAAUAUCUAAUUUAACUAGAAGUCAUGAUAAAAUGGAAAGACGAUCUAUAUGGACCGAUCAUUUCUCCACUUUAAAUGUAUUUCCGAAUUCUGAGAAAUUACGCCAGUAUUUUGGUGAUUCAAUUGGAUUUUAUUUUGUUUGGAUGAAGUCUUAUUGUGUUUAUUUAACUUGUCCGUUAAUCGCUGGUUUAUUUUGUCAAGUGUUCAAUUUACUAAAUGGUCAACAUUUUGAAGAUAAGCAAGUAUCACUAGGAAUACAUUUAGUCUAUACUAUUUUCAUGAUAUUAUGGGCUGUUAUUUGUACUAAACUGUGGCAACGUGAGUAUAUUUCUUGUGUCGAUCGAUGGUCUGGCAAUGCCUUAAUUGAAUUAGCAGCAAAUGAUUUAGCGUGGCUGUUUAACUUUAUUGAUCAGAGACCGACUUUUCACGGCACCUGGAGACAAAGUCGCGUUACUGGCUUGAUGGAAUUGCACUAUCCCGCAGCUAAACGUCGAGGUUUUAUCGUAGCAGAAAAGUCGCCAUGGUUUCAUAUAGGAUUCGUAAGUCAGUUCGCUGAACCUGAUGCAAUAUUUGAUCCGAACGCCAAUGGAAUAUUAUCGUAUAUUCCUGGGAUUUUACACUCUUUAAUGGUUUUUGUUAUGAAUCAAAUGGUUUUUCGUGCUAUUGCUGAACAUUUAACUGAAUGGGAAAAUCAUUGUACAAAUAAGGAUUAUGAACGUGCAUUGAUAAUAAAACGUUUCUUAUUUGAAUUGGUUGAUGCAUAUGGUGGUUUAAUUUAUUUAGGCUUUAUAUUAGCUGAUCGUUUGGCAUUACGUUCACUUUUAUUAACAAUGUUUGCUACUGAUUCAAUAAGACGCUUAACACUUGAAUGUAUUAUACCAUACAUAAUUUAUCGAUUUCGUGCAUGGAAAGAAAAACAAUCAAUUGGUUUAAUUAAACGUAACCAUAAUAGUGAAAAACCUGUGUAUGAAAUACGUGUUGAACGUGAAUUAUGCGCAGAUAUUUACGAAUCAUUUGAUGAUUAUUUAGAAAUGGUUUUACAACAUGGUUAUCUUGUAUUAUUUGCUUAUACAUCACCAUUAUUUAUUACAAUCUUAGCUAUAUUAUGUACAUUUCUUGAAAUACAUUUUGAUGUAUUCAAAUUAUUUUGGGUAACACAAUGUCCUAAAUCGAAUUUGUUACUUAGAGAACAAUCUAUAUGGUUAUUGCUAUUAGGUAUACAAGCUUGGUUAUCUGUAUUAACUAAUGCUGGUUUAUUAAUAUCAGAAAUUCAUCGAUUAGAAAUGUUAACUGAUGUGACAGCAAGCACUAUAUUUCUAAUAUUUGAACAUUGUCUUAUAUUCAUUGCUUUAUGUAUACACUUUUUAAUAUCUGAUAUACCAGUUACUGUACGAGAUGCUAGAUUAGCUCGAGAUUUUGCUAGAGCACGUUUGUUGAAUCCUAAAAAAGAUAAUUAAUUAUAUGAAGAUAAUGCACAUAAAUUCACGUAUUACAUAAUACACAAAGUUUAAAAAAUCGUGGUGUGAUAUAUUAGUAAUUGUUUUAUCCUUUUUCACCUACAUAAAUUUAUUAUUUUGUUUGUCCUGAUUAAGUUGUAUCUUAUUUAAUAUACUUUACAUUUUUAGUAUAUGAAUUUUGUAGACAUUCGUUUGUACUCAUCAAACUUAGACAAUACGUUUUUUUCAAUGAAUUAUUAUUGAAUGAUGUUUUGAACUUUUGUCCAUAAACGUCAAUACAAAAUAUUGUCUUUCCUAUUAUCA